AGUAGGCUGGAAACAAACCCUUCGAUCUCUUCGUUUCUUCUUUUGUAAACAUACAAACAAAAUGGCUGAUGUUCAACCCAAAAAGAAGCGUACUUUUCGUAAGUUUACUUACCGUGGUGUCGACUUGGAUCAAUUGCUUGACCUUCAAAGCGACAACCUAAUGGAGCUGGUACAUGCUCGUGCAAGGAGACGUUUCUCUCGCGGGCUGAAAAGAAAACCUUUAGCCUUAAUAAAGAAACUUCGAAAGGCCAAGAAAGAAGCUCCACCGAUGGAGAAACCCGAGGUAGUUAAGACACAUCUCAGGAAUAUGAUCGUUGUCCCCGAGAUGAUUGGCAGCGUUAUUGGCGUAUACAAUGGCAAAACUUUCAACCAAAUUGAAGUGAAGCCUGAAAUGAUCGGACACUAUCUUGGCGAGUUUUCCAUCACAUACAAACCAGUCAAACAUGGUCGCCCUGGUAUUGGUGCAACACAUUCAUCUAGAUUUAUUCCUCUAAAGUAAUAAAUCUCUUGUGUGUUUGUGAAAUGCAUAAUAAAUAUUGAAAAUAUA